AUGAGUUCCGAAAUCAACAAGCUUUCCAAUUUGGUUUCAAAUCAUUUAAAGAUUGUCGAUAAGAGAAUUACAGGAAAUGAACAAUUUCAUUGGAAUAGACUCAAAAGAACUCCUCAAAUAUUAAAACAAAAAAUCAAGUUUGCUGGCGGCUCUUACACUGUCGAUCAAACUUUCAAUGAAUUGGACGAGGAACUUCUUGUAAUUGACGCUUCCAUCAAGAAGUUGAUAAAGUACACAAAAGUCUUUGGUGAAAGUAUGAAUCAAGUAUUGUCCAACUCCGUUUGUUCAGCAGAAAGUUUCCAGAACUUAAUUGAUCCUUACACCAAUUUGAAGAGCGACAGUCAAAUCUUGGAGGACGCUUAUGCCACUUGGUCUAAAAUUACCAAAUAUAAGCAUAAAGUCAAAGAUGUUUUUGUUGAAAACGAAAUUGACCACUUGGUAUCUUCUGUGGAGAAAAAAUUACUGGAAAUAACUAAAAUUUAUAAAGCUGUCUUCAAGAAGAUUGAAUUGCGGAAAACCGCAUUAUUGGAUUAUGAUAAAGUUUACAAUGACCAUGAGUCAUUAUUGCUAAAACAAGAGCAAAGCGAGCUCACUUUAAAACAAAACAACCAACUUUAUUCCUUAGAAAGAAAACUUGACGAUACCAAAAUUAGGUAUACAAGGAUAAAUUCAUUAUUGGUGAGAGAGCUACCACUUUUGAUACGUUUAACACAAGAGGUAAUGGGGUACGUCCAGGCUCAUAUUUAUUACGUCCAUUUAACUUUCUGUUAUCAAGUUGCUGAAAGAAUCAAAGAAACUGAGUUCAUUGAAAAUGAUGUGAACAAAAUUGUUACCGACUUUAUGCUCAUGAAUGACCCAAUUGUUCAAGAAAUAGAAACAUAUAUAUUGACGUCACACCAAGCAGAAUCAAACAAUGAUGAUAAUAAAACUAAAGAAUCAUACUGCUAUGCUUUACAUGACUUUGCUGGACAAGAGGAGUCAGACUUGCGAUUUUCCAAAGGGGACAAAAUCAAGAUUCUUGUUGGGAAUGGAACUUGGUGGGAAGGGCAAUUAAACGGAAAAUAG